AUUUUGAUCAGUGACGGUGGGCGGUUAUCGGUCAUGACUGGGACAUAUUGAAGGACCAGGCGUUCCUGUAGGGUCAAGCGGGUUUCGCCCCAAUGUUACCUAAAAUCUAGGGUAUAAGACCACAAAUGAUAUGGAGUCCUAUUAGUUCCACGGAUCUAUUGUCAGGUUUGAGGUUAUUUGCCUGUAACCAUUGGGGGCGGCCUGCUUUCUUCCCAAAUGUAGAUGAUGAGACUACAAAGCGAAGAUAAGGUCAUCUCACAGGCAGAGCAUAUCUCUUAUAUCCGCCCAUAACACCCGUCGCUGAUGGACUAUCGUUUCAGAAGAAUACCUGAAUAACCUCAGAACUGGUCGAUUUCCUCGAGCGUCGCAGAUUCCAUCUUAUACUCUAGCAUCUGGCAUUCCUCCAACUGAUGGAUAAAGUACUCCCAAGCAGUAUCCUUCGUCGGGCGGAAAUGGCGCAACUCCCGCUUGUAUGCCUGCUCUGCGGCUUCGUCCUCCCAGCACAUAAAGCAAUACAGCUGCCGAGCGGGGAUCCCAUGGAGCUCAACCUCAUGUUGGCUAUAGCCGCAUACUCGGGUCAAAAGUCCGUCAGCGGGUGUUUUAGGCUCGUCGACCUCAUUCCCUCCCGACUCCCGGGGCAACCAAAGCGGCCCUUCGAUUCUGUUUAGUGACGCCUGAGACUGUUGCGGGAGGUUGGCAGGGAAAUACGCGGUCAUUAUCUCGUAAUAGCGUGGAGGGUCAAAGAAUUGGGAUCGAUUGAGAGGUGGUCCUUGAGAUCUUGAAAUCAAAUUCGUCGACACCGCCCUCUGCUCAAGGAGCUCCUUGAGCGCCCGUCCAGGCUUCGUAGAUGCGAUCAGUUCGUCGCGGUCAGUUCUACUGCGCCACUCUGUCCUGGGCGUUAAUCAGGGGCUGUGACCUGAGUAGCGGAGAAAGACUCACGAAUGAUAACCCAUUCAGACUCGCUCUUAAGUGGCUUGCCCGUUGCAACGAAUUCACAGCCCUCUUGUCGUCGAAUUUCUUUGAGGAGGGCACGCUGUGCCACCUUGCGUCUUUCCUUCGCUUCGGGAUUGCUAUCCUCGAGGAUUUUGAUUAAUAUCCAUUCAAUGACGGGCCCCUGGUGGAAUUCUUGCGCGGUAUUCGUUAUGGCGGGCUCAGGCGCGGCAGAUUGAACAAGAAAUCUGUUUGCGGGGGCAUUCUUUUCCGCCCGUGGAUUUCGGAUACUUCGGCUUGUGGGGAGCGAUAGAUCCUUUUGUUUGGUCCUCUGGCGGGCAGAAGAUCUGGUGAUGGGUGUCAUAAUAAGACAGUAAUACGCUACCACAACAAGGAUUAUGGGCAGGUCUCAAGUGAUGUUUACCUCUCCCAAUGUACGAUUUUCCUAGUGUACACGGUAAGCAGUCCUACCCGGAGUAGCAUAAUCUUGUCAGAAGUUCUCGUCAGGGGCCACCAAACUCGUCUCCAAACCCCACGAUGAACUGAAGUCACCCAGUCGAGCGGCGCUCUUUCGGCUUUGUCGGCCGCCGCUAUGCCCCUACGAGACUAGUACAUACUGGAGAGUGCCGCACAGCGGCGCAGGGAGCCGACGAUCGCCGUGGCUCACAUAUCCCAGUGUCAGCCUCGUCGGUCGAUGAUAAAGAAGCCGCACUCUUCCGAUGCAGGUCUAUCAGUAUGGCAUCAAACCAACGACCCCGAGCAGCAAAUGUAUGUGUGCAUUGCAAGGCCCGGAAGAAGAAAUGCGACAAGGCACUGCCAUCCUGCGGUUACUGUGCAAGAAAAGGAUUGAAAUGCCAGUACAGGCGUCCUAGAUUCGCCCUGCAGCAUGCAAGGCCGGUUGAGGGUAUCUCAGGUAUUUAUCAGAGUCUGGCCAGCGAGUCUGAGUUCAAUCCAACUCUCACCCCAGCACCCAACCGAUCAGAACGUACUCUUUCCCUCGAAGCCCAACGGAUCAUCAGUACGACAGGAAGAUACCUCGACGAGAUCAGCGUACGGUAUUUCCAGACCGUUCACUCUUACAUUCCAAUCAUCUCUCGAAAUCGCUUCCACACGAGGCUGCUCUCAUUUGGAUCGACCCAAGAACCGGAUUUCGCCAUCCUGUUGCUCGCCAUGUGCCUUGUCACAUACCGCUCCGGUCCAGGGAAAGAUGACACGGAACUAUACCUCAGUGCUAGAUCGCUCUUCUUGCAGGCGCAAGCUUUAUGCAGGCCUUCGCUUCGUCUUAUUCAUGCGGGGAUCCUCUUGGCGGUGCAUGAGUACUCCCGUCGUUCCCCGGAACAGGCGUUGAUCACCAUUGGCGGCUGUGUGCGUAUGGCACAUACUGCUGGGUUGCAGCGGCCGACCUGUCCCCCGGUCCCUAAGUGUUCUAGCAUGAUUGAACAGGAUGAUGAAUCGGUUGAUGAGCAUGCGAACACGUGGUGGGGAUUAUUGAUCUAUGAGCGGAUGUUUCUCUGCGAACAAACCGUCGUAGACCAGCCAUUGCUAUCCAAAAUUCCGGACAUCACCUUGACAUCGUCUGCUCAGGACGGGUUCCACCAAGCAGCUCAAGCAGCAUGGCUGCUCGAUCGUGUACUUGACACAUUAUCAACCCAAGACUCGGAAGACAGACACAUGCGACUGCAAGGGCUGGAUUUCAAAUUGCAAAGAGUCUUGACAAUAAUGACCGAACCCUCAUCCGGGGCGUCGACCGUCUUCUGCUGGGCAAUCUCUAUUGCAAUUCGGGCGCUAUACCAUGUGCAUUGUCGGUUACUUGACCGCCCACAGGACAGUAGGGAGCCGGCAGUCAACGGCUCUUCCGUUGCGCUUGAUACUUUGACCAGAAUGGUUGUAGAUAUCGCCGACUUGCAUGAGCGGCUCUUGCCAGACCAACUUGCCACGCUUCCGCCGAGUUGUGGAUAUAUAAUUCGGGCGGCACUAGAGUACAUACAGAGUAAGAGCUCGGAUGUAGACACGGAGCGUAAAUUACUCAAGGUAGUCAAUAAUCGUUUGGGUAUGGCACGAUAGCUGCGAAUAUAUAUAUAUCUCUCUCGGUCGGAUUAAGAAGAUUAGAGAUUGUGUUCGGAUAGUCGUAUGCCGUUUGUACCUGAUAUCUUACAACCAUCUCCACGACCUACU